AUGACCAUUGAAAAGUUCUUUGCGGAAAAGUUUCAAAAGGGCGGUGCCCUCUGGAGUAUCAAAGAAUGUCAUGAAGUCUUUGAAGCUCAUCCCGAGCUCAAGGAGGAUUUCCAGUUUGAAGACGUCUACAUGGGUCCUACCGAUAUUCCUCGCGCGCACUACUUUUGGAUUGGCAAUGCCGACAGUUCGAUUGGCCUGCACGCCGAUAUGGUGAUUUACAGUUGCAUGCUGCAGAUUCACGGACGCAAGCACUGGAAGUUCUACCCACCGGCGGACAAGGAGUUUCUUUACAUGGAAACCAAGGGAGCCAUUGAUGGAGGCAUGUAUUCGCCUCUGGAUGUCUUUUCCACUGUGGAUCUUACCGAAUACCCCCUCUUUGCCAAGGCCACCGAGUUUAAUCUCAUUCUCCAACCAGGGGAUAUCCUCUAUGUACCCAAUGGAUGGUGGCAUGCCGUCUAUUCCAUGGAUGCCACCAUGAGUGUCAACUAUGUUGCCGAACGAUGCAACAACAUUAGCACCGGAUUCUUGUCGGCCUGGUGGAUCAAUGAUUAUCUGGAGGGAUCCCGUCUCCUUCUUCUCUAUCUCCUUCGUCAAAUGCUCACAUUCAUCACAUACAUUUUGCCCGUUGGAUCAUCAUCCAAUGCCAAGAAGACCGAAACCUUGUUGGAUAACGACACCGGUGCGGUAUGGACUCCCAAGAGUGAUGAAAUGGAAGCCAAGGGAAAGUAAUCCACCAGACAAGCAAACGACAAUCUCAACCAUUACAUUGCGAUGUACCAACCAGCAUGCCAACAUGCUGCUGCCGGAUCAAGCAAUCAAGCACACACACACCACCCAAGCCUCAUCAGAGUAUUCUAUGUGUGCUGCAUUCUUUUAACUAUUAGCACGAUAAACAAUAACAACAUUCUGUAUCCACUC